AUGAAGGACGCAGUCGUCCGUGAGGUUCAGGCUGCCGAGUUUUUCUCGCUGCUGGCCGAUGAAACGACCGACAUCAGCUCCAAGGAACAGCUGAGCGUCUGUCUGCGCUAUGUUCAGCCAGACAGCAGCUGCGUGCGCGAGCGGCUGCUAUGCUUCGAGGAAGCACCGGACCUGACCGGAGCAGGUCUCGCGUCGCAGCUUCUUGGCGUCCUGGCCAAGCACAACAUCGACAAGGACAAGAUGGUCGGCCAGGGGUACGAUGGUGCGGCCGCCAUGUCUGGAAAAGAAAAGGGCGUGCAGCAUCACAUCAGCAAAGAGGUGCCCACAGCCGCAUACACUCACUGCAUGUCGCAUGUUCUCAACCUGUGCCUCGUCAAAGCGACCGAAGUUAAGGAGUUGAGGGCAGCGGUGACCAUCAUGAAUGCGGUUACAAACUUCUUCAACGAGUCCAACAAACGGCUUCUGACGCUGCAAGCCGGUAUCGCUGAGAAGUGCCCCGAGAGUUCAAGAUCACGGCUCAAGAAGCGAUGCGAGACCCGAUGGGUCGAGAACCAGGAGGCGACUGAGGUCUUCAAAGAGCUGAUGCCAGCUGUAACUCACGCCCUCACGACUCUGGCCGAAAGUCGUGACGGCUCUGUGGCCGGCAAAGCGGCGUCACUCCUGGACUCUGUCAGCGCCCCCAGCUUCCGCCUGAGCCUGGAGAUCCUGUGUGUGGUGCUCGGCGUCACCAAACCGCUAUCAGCCCGUCUUCAGUCCCCCAACCAGGACUUUCUGCAGGCUCUGGACAGUGUCACCGACGCCGUUGAAGUACUUCAAAGCCUCAGGGAAGACAGCGAGAAGUUCCACUCGCUAUUCGACGGUGUGGAGGAGGCCGUGGGUGACGUGCCGAUGCCUCGAUGGGCUAAAGUGGCGAGCACGAGAAACAACUGCGCCCGCGAGUACUACCGCAUAAACGUCUACUUGGCGUUCAUCGACACUUGCCUCGGACAGAUUAACGAGAGGUUCCGCUCCCACCUCAGCCGUGGUGUGCGCCUGAGCGCGCUGCUACCGACAGUGUGCACCAAGUCCAGGACCAGCUUCGAGGAGCUCCGGCCAGCGGUGGAUAUGUACUCCCGUCUGCUUGACUGCAGCAGCGACCAGGUGGAGGCAGAGUUCCGCCUGUGGCAAAAGCGCUGGCUGCGCUGUGAAGCGCACGAACGGCCCCGAACAGUGCUCGAGGCUCUGGCAGAAGCGAGGACGGCUGGGUCGUUCCCAGUGAUCGCCAGGCUCCUUCACAUCUUCGCCACGCUGCCUGUGACGACGGCGACCAGCGAGCGGUCGUUCAGCGCGCUCAAACGGCUGAAAACGUACCUGCGGUCCACAUUGACGGAGGAUCGCCUCAACGGCCUGGCCAUGCUCUAUGUCCACCGAGACAUACCUCUAGACGGUGAGGCCGUGCUGAACAGAUUUGCCUCCGGAAACCGGCGCCUGAGGUUUUAG